AGCCCUUUUCCAGACUUCUGAAAUCAGUUCCUUGGAUGUGCGUAGAACUGCAGUUCUACCCAAAGUGACAGCAUUUUCAAACACGUCCAGUUAGAUCACCACAAUACUUUGGGAGCGAGAGCACGUCCGUGAUGUGGUCAAGAAAAAGACAGUCAAGCGUAUUGCUCCUGGAUGCAGAACACAGGGGCCAGCCUUGUAGUGUGUGUGGGGACCAGUGUCCAGGAUUCGCUCUGCACAGAUGGAGGAAGAUCUGUGUCCACUGUAAGUGUCAGCGAGAAGAGCAUGUUGUGACGACCAUGCCUCUGGAGAUGGAGAAGAACGUCACCAAGCUGAUGUACGACUUCCAGAGGAACUCCACCUCUGACGAUGACUCCGGCUGUGCCCUGGAGGAGUACGCCUGGGCGCCUCCCGGACUCAGCCCAGAGCAGGUGCAUCAGUACUACAGUUCCCUUCCUGAGGACAAGGUGCCUUAUGUGAACAGUCCAGGAGAGAAACAUCGCAUUAAACAGCUGCUUCACCAGCUCCCCCCACAUGACAAUGAGGUGCGCUACUGUAACACCCUGGAUGAGGAGGAGAAGAGAGAACUCAAACUGUUCAGCAACCAACGCAAGAGAGACAACCUGGGCAGAGGCAACGUCCGACCCUUCCCACUCACAAUCAGUGGGGCUGCGUGUGAACAGUGUGGGGGGCAGGUGAACGGGGGAGACAUUGUGGUGUUUGCUUCUCGGUCGGGACACGGCCAGUGCUGGCACCCUCACUGCUUCGUCUGCAGCAUGUGUGAGGAGCUACUUGUGGACCUCAUCUACUUCUAUCAGGAUGGGAAAAUCUACUGUGGCAGACACCACGCUGAGAGGCUGAAGCCACGCUGCUGUGCCUGUGAUGAGAUCAUCUUUGCUGAUGAGUGCACUGAGGCAGAGGGCCGACACUGGCACAUGAAGCACUUCUGCUGCUUUGAGUGUGAGGCCACUCUGGGCGGCCAGCGCUACAUCAUGAAGGACGGACGACCUCACUGCUGCAACUGCUUUGAAUCCCUCUAUGCAGAGUACUGCGACGCCUGUGGAGAACACAUAGGAAUAGACCAGGGCCAGAUGACGUAUGACGGGCAGCAUUGGCACGCCACAGAGGAGUGUUUCUGCUGUGCUCGCUGUAAGCGCUCCCUGCUGGGACGGCCCUUCCUGCCCAAGCAGGGACAGAUCUUCUGCUCUCGUUCCUGCAGCGCUGGGCAGGAUCCGGAUGAGUCCGACUCCUCGGACUCAGCCUUCCAGAGCGCCCGCUCCCGCGAGUCUCGCCACAGCACCAAGAUCGGGAAACAGGAGCGUCGCAGCGCUGAUCCAGAUCGUAGGAGUGCCGAGGUACGACAGAACCCCCCACCUCCCAUGCCGGACCGCCUCUCUGCUGAGCUGGACCCCAUGUCUGUCCAGAUGGACCGUCUGAGCCUCUCCUCUAGCCAGACCCCCAGCCGCACGCCCAGCCGCACUCCCAGUCGCACUCCUAGCCGCACUCCUAGCCUGAACCAGGUGUGGAUGAGCCGGGACGAACCCUACCCCCCUGCCUACGAGGGCUCCCCCCGUGACCCCUCUCCCACGCCCACACCCCUGCAGCUCCUGGGGCAGUGUAAUCCCAGGCAGGGCUACAGCCCCAGCCCCAACUCCCACCCCCCAGCCCAGAGCCCGGUCAACCCGGGGAAGAGGCCCGAGUCCUGGGUUAAGGAGCAGGGCAACACCAAGAGGACCCCCAUGGCUGCACUAAGAGGACACUCCUUCAACGAGAACUGGAUCCACCACAGCCAAGAUGAAUUUAGGCCCACCAAGCUGCGGACCCAAAUGAGCUUCAACGAGAUGUCCAGCCAGAACCAGGGGUUCCCCGAUAAGAGAAGCAUUAGCCUGCACGGCUUUCAGAGGGACAGCCGCCCCCCUCUGACCAGGAACAGAAACCCCAUCAAUGGCCUGAGCUUCAACGAGCCCCUCACCCCUCUGGAGCAGACCCCCCACGGCUCCAUAGAGUCCCUAACCAUGUCCAAUGCCACAGGUAACUCUCUGGAUGGGGGUACUAAGCGUCAGGAGCACCUGUCUAGGUUCUCCAUGCCGGAUCUGAGUAAGGACUCAGGCAUGAACGUGUCGGAGAAGAGCAACAUGGGCACACUCAGCUCCUCUGUCCAGUUCCGCAGCACAGAGUCCCUGUCCUCCUCUCGGCCCUACGGGAACCUGGACGCUCCUCGGGUGGGAUACCCCCUCCAGUACUGGGACUCCCCCCAGCCCCCGGCCUUUGAGGGUAAAGGUUGUGUGGGGCUGAUGGGCAGCAGUGGUAACCUGCGACUACCGCCCCUGAGUGAGAGAACCCCCCGUCGACGGGUCAACGCGCCAGAUCCCGUAUCCCAGCAGCAACCGCAGCAGCAACCCCCAGCGGGGCGUCGCAAGCACCACCGUGGUAACCCCGGCAACGGCCACCAUCGCAGCGGGCGCCACCACAAGCGCUCCCGCCGCUCUCGUUCUGACAACGCCCUGCACCUGGCUGCCGAUAGGCCAAGCCACAUGGUGGAACCGCCCCAUCGCCGUGUCCAAGAGGACUAUGAUUGCCUCCCCUCCGGCCGCACAGCCAGGGAGAUGUUUGGUCUGGGGGGUCUCGGCGGGUACAGACAGCAGCCCUACAGGCCCUGCCCUCGCACCACCUCUGACCUCACCCUGCAGAACGCAGGUGGGGCCGGCGGCCAGCCCCAGGGUCUCGCGGGGCCAUACUGGGGGGAGGGCUAUGGUGAGGGAGGGGACCCCUGGUGCUCCAGCUGCUCUUCAUCCUCUGAAUCUGAGGAAGACGAGGGCUACUUCCUAGGUGAGCCCAUUCCCAGGCCUGUGCAGCUGCGUUACCUUAACAACGAGGAGCUACGCCACCGCUACAGCCCUUCUGGUCUGGCUGGGCACCCUGCCCUGCACGGCCCCCUGCAUGGCCCCCUGCACGGGCCCCUGCAUGGGCCACUGCACGGGCAGCAUCACCACGGCCAGAUGCAUGGACAGCUCCACACACGCCACAGGAGGAAGAGCAAGAACUGCGUCAUCUCCUAGAAC